GUGUGAAACGUUACGCAGCAAACAGGCGCUUCGUGGGUUUUUGUUUUCGAGUUUGGCAGCGCCUCGCCAGGAAAACAGACGCAGCAGGGGGAGUAUGGGGACAAAAAAGCAGCUUCAGGACAGACAUUAGCUUCAUAAAUCGUAAGUGCUGAACGUUUGCGAACUCUUGAAUGAACAAUUAUUUACUAACCAUGUUGUUAAAGAUGUGGAUGAUUUCCUUUUCAGCCAGUAGGGGGCAGCACGUCACUUUCACAACACGACACAACUUCAGUAGAAGUAAAAUUAGGUCACGUGACCAGCUAACCAACGUGCUCUUGAGAAUGUGUCAACAACGAUCUUCACUAAGGAUUAAUUAAUACAAAGAUGUUUGAAAACCUGUUGACAAGUCUGAAAAACAGUUUGAUCAUCCAGGAUUCCGCUCCUGAUCCCGGAAGUAAAACACUUAAUUCGUUUUUUGAAAAACUCUCUGAAUCUUCCAGGAGUAAGGUAAAAAGAUGUAAGGAGCGCUGUUUAGAGGAGGCUGUCCAGCUGCUGAGACAAACAUCUGUAGCUCAGCUUCGUAGUUUGGAGGAGAAACAUCUGCUGCUCCUUGCCAGACUCCUCAUAUCCCUGCAGCUGGAGAUGGCCAGCAUCUCCACGGCCUGUCGCAAAGUGGACCAGAUGUUGCUGCAUCUGACAAAGGUGGACCACCAGCUGGUUUACAGAGAAACCCUUCACAGUUUUCACUCAAUAGUCUACAGAAAUCAGGUUUUGUCUUUAGAAGAUUUGCAGAGAGCAUGCAUGUUCCUGGAAGACAGCUCUGUUGGUCGUGAAGUGUGGCGAGAUUCAUACAAGUCCAUGCUGAUCAAAGUGUCUGAGCUGCUUCCUGUUGUCCUGCAGGACAAGUCCCUGAGAGAUGGACCGCUGUGUUACGUCGCUGUGAAGGUGUGUCUGCAGAUAUUCCAGCUGCUGUCCAGGGAACUUGCUCCUCAUGUUUGGGAGCAGGACAGCAGAGACCCGGCGGUGCAGAUGAUCCUGCAGGCUCUCAUGGACAUUAUACUUGGACAGUGCUCCAACAGGGAUGCCCGUCUUUUAGCUGGGACUGCUGUGGCGAUGCUGAUUAACACGGCAUCCGAGAGCAGAGCUGGAGGAGAAGCUGCCUGGGGUCUGUUGCAGGUCUCUCACCAAAAGCCCUGGCAGCUGAUGGUUGGCGCUCUGAAGGUCCGGUGUGACCCCUCUGCUCAGGAUGGAGUGGACCGGCUGGCUGUGUGCAGGGGCCUCCUGACCUGCUGCCGACCUCACAUCCUACGCAGCUCCCAGGAUGACUCACAGACGUGCUUGCUGCUGGACGGUUUGUUUCCCCUCGUCUACUCGCUGUGCGAAGAGAAGCUGGAUUGCCACUGCUUUGCCUUUGAAGCUUUAACUCUGUGGCUGAAGAGGGUGAAAGAAAGUGUCGAUGAUCUCUGGAGGAUGACGGGUGUUCGUCUUUUACCCGAGAACAGUCUCCUGCUGCAGCAGCUCCAGCACAUCAUCUGGACCAAUGCAGAAAGCCCCAUAGACGGAGUGCCUGAAUUUGUCAACAGUGCUUUCCUCCAGUUGCUGAGCCUCUUUAACCAGGACUGUGAGAAGUUUUCUGAUGCAAACACGACUUUUUUCUCCACCCUGCUUCAGCGAACCAUGAAGCUGCCUUGGGAGACCAGAGCUCUGUAUCACCGCCUCGGUGCCCUGCUGCCGUACCUGGGCACUGACACGGUGCUGGACCAAUACCCCGAGUUGUUUGAUCACCUUCUGAAGUGUUUGUCAACCAAUCACCUGUCCCCGUGUGGAUCAGAGCUGUAUAAAUGUCUGAUCCAGCAGCAGAGGAGAGAACUUUGUGGAGGAUCACAGAACUCCUCCUGUCCCACUGAGGUGGAUCUGGCUAAGCGCUGGGCGAAGCGUUGGCAGCCUUUUGUUCUUGAGGCUCUGAGGUCAGAUGUGACUCUCCUACAGAGCAGCAGCUCAUCACACCUACUGCCCGCCACCUUCCAGGUUUUCCCCUCUGCAGUGGACCUCCUGCUGGCCUCGCUGGACCCUCAAACACACCGCCACCUCCGCGCUUGGACUUGCAUCCUGAGCUGCUACCGAGCUGUCACCGGCUCUUCUCCGUGGUCUCUUCAGGGCGGUUCCACCAUGGAAACCCUGCAGGUCGCUCUGAGGUCCGCAGACGAUAAAAUCCGCCUUGCCGCUCUCAGUCUGCUCUGCUGCAGCUCAAAGACCAAAGACGCUCCAAGCAAAGAGGAGCUGGUGAUACUGAGGGGGUUCAUUCCUCAGAACCUAAACUGUGAGUCCUCGUUGUUUCGCCAGGGCGUUCAGGCCAGCAUACGAAAGUUUCUGGUUCGAAUCAGAGAUGGCUGCUUGGCACAAAUCAGAAGAGCAAAGAGCAAAAAGGACGAGGACGCUCAAGAGAGGAUGCAGAGUGUCCUAGAGCAGAUCGAGUUUGUGGAGUGGUUGAGUCAGCUUCCAUACAGCUUUCUAACCCCGGGACACAGUUAUCAGAGGAAGAAGACGGUGCUGCUGCUGCUGUCUGCAGUGCUGGAGACGUGCACGGACACCUGGAGUCCUGACAAAAAGAAGGGACAACCCCCAGCAAACAUGGGAGCUCUUAUUGCCUGUGCGAGGCAGAGAGGAUUGUGGGAUUUCUUCAGCAGGACGAAACAGUUAGUUCUCAUCAGCCGUCUAGAAGAUUCUACAAAUGAGAUUCGGGAGCUCUCCUCAGAGCUGCUGCUGAGGUUUUUUCCAUCCACCUUCCCCGAGGACGUCAUUGGAGUGUUGGACACGAGGACCAAGCAGCUUCUGUGCAGCCCGCGGGUCCAGGAGGCUCAGAUGGGAGCACUGAUGAUGAAGGUUCUCAUCCAGAAAUCGGGACGUCGGUGUGAGGCCGGCGGAUUGGUGGAGGAGCUGGAGGUGCACUAUCUGACAGCUAAAUCAGACACGAUGCUCGCCGCGCGAACCAAACCGAUUCAUGGUGUGCUUUGUGCCCUGCGGAGGUGUUUGCUGGAGACACCUGAGCGUGUCUGUGAUGCUCUCGACCACAGCGUGAUGGAGAAGAUGCUGGGCCUCCUGGAGGACAUCUCUUUGCUCCUGAUCACUGUUCUGUAUGGGGACAGUGACACCUGCAACUCAGAAAAAUAUGCUCCGCCUUCCUUUUGUGACAUGGGAAACGCCAUCAGCUCUCUGAUAUCCCAGCAGCCCGGAGGCGGAGCAGCAGAUGAAGAGGACUGUGUUUUGCUGUCUGAGGAACACAGUCUUGUUCUCACCUGCUGCUGGGUUUCUCUUAAGGAAAUAGGGAUUUUCUUAGGUGCUUUGGUGGAGAAAGUUCUCACGGAAUCCAAAGAGGGUGGACGGUGCCUUCUAACAAAACCGGAUUUAUCGAGAGCGGCAAACGUCUUCAAGGAUAUUCUUCUCAAAUGUCGCCAUUGGGGUGCAGUAGAGGGCUGCUGUGCAGGAUUCACAAAGUUCUGCGCGUCCCUGCUAAGCAGCAGCGACACACAGAUUAAAGAGAUACCAGCUCAAAUGCUGGAAGAGGGUUUGCAGGUUGUGCGGUGCCCUCGCUCUGCGUCCGUGACCCGACGGGCUGCAGGACUUCCUGUUCUGAUCCAGUGUGUUCUGUCAGCGGAGGACACCAGUAGAUCCAGGCCGCUGUUAGCCUCCAGUAUGGAAACCUUGAUGCACACAGCAGCAAGUCCCCUGGAUCCGAACUGGGACCAGACACGGGACCUGCCACAGGUGUGUGCGGUCCACACGCUGCAGGCGCUGGUACGUGGAGCUGCUCUGGGAGCGGCCGUCCUUCAGUUCGCUCCGGCUGUCGUCAUGUUGUCACUCGCUCAGCUCAGUUCUCCCUGCUGGGCGAUGAGGAAUGCUGCUCUGCAGCUUUACAGUUCUGUUUGCUCGCGGAUGCUCGGCCAGCGCUGCAGUAGCGAGGACGGAGUUCCACCCCAGCAUAGCCUCUCUCCAGAUGCUUUCUUCUUCCAUUAUCCCGCUCUCGAGCCCUUCCUCCUGGGCGAGCUGAGGGGGGCGGCGCAGAACCUCCAGGGUCCGCAUCACGGGGCCAAGCUCCGCCUCCAGCCCUCGCUUUACCCCAUCCUGACCCUGCUGGCCCAACUCCAGCCAGGCAUCCACGACUCAUCAGAAACUUUGUUGGACUUCCUGCCUCCAUUGCUCCAGCUCUCAGCGAGUCCCAUCUACGGUGUGAGAGUGAUGGCCUCCAAAGCUCUGGUUGCCAUGACGCCCCCCUCUAGGUACACAGACAUCCUCCUUAACCUGAGUGCUCAGCUGCCCAGAUCACAACAGGAGUGCUGCAGCCACAACCAGCUGCACGGUCAGCUGCUGCAGAUCAGAGCAGUCGUAGACCGAGCCCUCUGCUCGCACAGUGACAUCUCCAGUGACCUGCAUGUGGUCAUGACCAGGGUCCAGACCUCAAUGUGGUUGGUGACCGGAGCUCAGCGCUGCCCCCUAGUGAGAGCUGCUUACAUCAGCGUGGUCGACUGUCUGAGGGGAUGUUCCUGUGACAACUUCCUGUCCCAGCUUAGCGACAGACUCAUCCAUGACCUCAUCAUGCCUCAGGAGGGACUCCAGGUUGGGUUGUCCUCCUUCUACGGAGAAGCUGUCCGCUUCCUCUGCGCGGAUCCAAAGUGGGCUUGUGAAGCCUGGAGAAGCUUCUCUGCAACCAACCUCGACGUGAAGCUCUCACUGGUGGCUUCGUUGCUGGAGAGGUCGGAUUUGCAGCAGAAGGGCCAAAUAGAAGUGGUUCAGAUGGUGCUGCAGUCCCACCUGAAGGAGGCGUUGCUGAGCAACAGCGUGGAGUAUCGCACCGCCUUCCUCGCAGCCCUGGUCAGAGUGAUGGCCGACUCUGAUUCACCCCAGCGUCCACCACAGUCGGAGCCUUUCCUGGCUGAGUGUCUGGAUUUGUUGCUUAAGGACUUAGAGGAGCAGAAGGGUGGGCCAGAGUUUCUGUCCCAGGCCCUGAACGCCUCCAGUCUGCUGCUUUCCCGAAUGCCAAACUCCAGCCUAAAGUUAUCCGGGCUCCAGCGCUGGUGUGGGAUCCUUGAAUCCCAGCGGUCGCCAGACGCCCCUGAGGUGCUUAGGAUGGCGUGCAGCGAAGCUCUCUGUGUGGCUGGACUUCCACUUAUCAGCAGCAUGAGGGAACAAAACCCUCUCUCUGUUAUCAUCAUGAGGCUGAUCAACACAGGCCUUUACCUGCUGCAGGACCAGAACCAGCAGGUGAGGCUGAAAGCGGCACACUUUUCCUCUCUGCUCCAUCGUGCAUCAGGAGGAAACAACGAGGGGAGCGCCUCCUAUGUUCAGGUCAACCUGGCGCUGCCGCUGCUCCUGGAGAUGCUGCUGCAGGAAUGCUGGGAAGCUCCCGGCACGCUGGAGGUGCUGCUAUCCCACCUGCCUCCGUCUGAUCUCAGACCAGUGCUGGCAGAAGCCUCAGCAGCAGGAGGGUGCACCAACUUGUAUGAGCAGGAUGAAGCCAACGUGUUUGCAGAGCCGUCUGUCAUGUCUGCACACGUGCUGCCUUACCUGCUGCAGCUGGCAGAAAAAUCCUCUCAGUCCUCUGUUUUGGCACAGACUCUACAUUCAUGGGCUGAAGGGAACGCUGCACAGGUGCUGGAUCACCUGACCGUCUGUGAAAAGCUCCAACCAGCCGAGACGCUGACCCCCUCUUGGCUGGCUCUCCUCACUGAACCCCGUUUCCACAUCACCCUGUGUGGCCUGCUCUCCAGGGUCGCUUUUCUGCCCCGCCUCCAGGAAUUAUCCGCUGGUUCGGAACACUUUUGUGAUCCUUUGUCUGUGCAGGAACGUUUACAGGACGUUUGCAAGCUGCUGGGUCAGAACGGUGUUCACUUUCCAUCUGAUUUAACCGCUGCUGUGGCAGGAGGCCUGCUGGAGUGAUGGCCGGGGGAUCCCAAUGCAGAACUUUUGACCGAUAUGGGCCUAGAAAGCUGUAAUAUUUAGUAUUUUAGGAGCUUGGAUGAAAAAUGGCAGCUGUUUUUAUUAAGUCUGCAGGUCAUCAUCAUUUAAAAGCUCCAUGAAUUUAUUUAAAAUACUCUUUUAGAUGCAGAGAUGCAAUCAGAGCAGCCGGCUGGUACAGUGAUGUAAUGCUACAGCAUCUGGAAAAGCCGCCCCAGGAGGCGUUUGGGUUAACUUUCCAUUAGAGGCCUUCUGAAUGGAUAAGUGUCCAUUUUCCAGCCACAUGAGAGCUGCUGAUGCGUGAGUGGAUCUGAUUGAGAGCUGGUUUAUGCUCCACACACACUAAAGCAGUCUGACAUCACCGGGUUGCACCCUGGUGGUGUUUAGGGUGGGAUGAUGUGAAAGGUUGCUGCUGUGGUGUUAUCUCAGCAGAUCCAGCAAACAGGUGCAUCUGUAAUAAACAAGGACGUCAUCAUCUACAUUUUUUGUUGAUAUGUACCCGUUUUUGCACCUGGAAAACUUUAUUAAUCUCUACAUCAAUUUCCUUUGUCUGUGCAUUAGGUGUAGCAGCACUAUAAUCUGUAUUAAUCCAUCAAAAUAAGAUCGUGUCAAAGUCAGGCCCCCACAAUGCUGGUCUGAAAUUGAAGCCAAUGCGGAAGUGAAAUAAAUUGCAGUUCCACCCUCAUCCACUAGGGGCUGGUGUCAGAAGCGAGCAAAUCCUCAUUGACUCCCAUGUUAAAAAUACCAAUUUCACAGCAGAAAUAAACAUGUUUACAGCCUGGUUCCAAAACAUUUUUUUGGUUUACUUGAUCUAGUUUAUACUCAUGACAACUCUGAUGGGGGUGAAUUUUUUUCUCACUCUUCUGUUUAAGUGCAUUAAAAGCCUAAAAUUCUGUAUAAUUUGGAUAAAAGUGUCUGCCAAAUAAAUAAACAUAUACACAUAAACAUGGUAAGCUAUUAAUUAUUUUAAACCCAUAUGCUUAAGUAGUUCUUUGUAUGAAGUUUUCCUCUAGGUGAUCCUGAGAGGCUUGACCUUGCUGGGAGUGCUGGACUCCCAAUUCACACUCCCGCUUGUGCAGUGACCACUUUGAGAGUCAUCAUUUCACCACGGACUCCAGGGUACACACACAUUACUUCAUGUUUUGGUUAAGAUUGAAAAACGAAGAAGAAAUUUAUAUACAUAUUUACAAGAAAGUAACAUGACAUCACACCUGUGCAUCUAAUCAACGCGACUCCCACACAAUAGAGGCUAACGAUGCAAACGAACCAUGAGGAGGUAGGGAGGAGGUGUUCUGCAGGUGACAGUUUCUGCUUGUCACGCAACAAUAGACAGCUACAAUAAGAUCGACCCUCCUAUAUUCAUGAAACCAAAGGAGUCCAGUUGCCUUCAUUCAAACCCAAUUUGAAUUACCAUGCAGAUGCCUCACUCAUUCAUUCCAGGUGUGUGACUGCAGGUAAACACUGGUGUUUGAAAGGAGGUUUGACCUAGGAUAACCUUGGGAAACUUUUAUUUAUAUAUUUUCAAUGACAGCAGCACAUAUAUAUAUUUGCUGCACAAAUAUUUGACACCAAUUUUGUUUGCUUAAUGGGGGGAGGGGGUUGUUGACCUUUUGACCUUGAACCUUUCACUAAUAUCUUUAAAGCAAAAUCAGCACAAACAAACUUUAGCAGUGCAAACCAGCACAAACAUAGCACAAAUGUUUGAGUCCAAUUUUGUUAGAUUUGAAGAAGGUGGGGGGGCCAACUUCACUUAGGUCCUUCAGACUCCUGUUUUCCAAACUCUCAGCUGGAAAUCUCCACUCUUCUCUACUGCUACUUGAUUCUGGCCACUCUCACUCAGGACGUUCAACCGGAAGCUCUCAACUGUCCACCUUUGGCUAAAUGGCAACAUUUUUUCAGUCUGGCUAAAAGUCGGUUUAGUCUGUCUCAUAAUCAUGACAGUUGUGUCAUAUUGAGCUGCAGUCCUGGGGCUGGGUCUCAGUGUCCUGUGGCCCAGGACCUGUGUCAGCCCGGUUCUGGAUGUGGCCUUGCUGAGUUAUCUGUAGCAAGGAGCUCGGCCGUCUGGGAGGUGGUCUGAGUUGGUUCUGUGGUGGCUGCUGGUUUCCUGGUGCUCGGGGCGGUUCCAGAGUGCACCUGAUCCUUGGAGGGCUCACACUUCACAUCCCAGCACACGCACGAACACAUGCCUGUUGAUGUUUGUUGUUCAUUGUUUACAUGUUUAAAGUUGUUCAUCCCACGUUUUCUUGAUGAUUCUUAGAAAUGUUUUUUUACAGGUGCAGCAGCUGGUUGCUGUAUUUUAUGUUGGUUUCCUAGUUCCUAUUCUAAUUUGUAUUGUAUUGUGUAUUUUGUUGUAAAGCUAUUCUAUUAUUCAACUUUAAUUCAGAUAUAUUUUACCUUACUCUUUCCCAGUUAAAUUUACCCUUCAUUUUAAUUCGUGGUGUACAGUUUUUUAUUUUCAACUCUUAGGUCACGAGCAGUUGUGUAAGGCAUUUCACUGCAU